AAGAGGGAGGGGAAGGGAAGAUCCGAUCUCCCAUUCUCCCCCCUCCGCGUUUCUCCCCGCCUCUCCUCCUCCUCCCCCCAAAUCCACACCACCGCCGGCCCAUCCGGGCCACGUCCGCCCAAUGCCGCUCUCCGCCGACGCAAUGCCGCCCCCCGGGGACGCCGCCGGCGUGCGCAUGAUCUCCUCCAAGGAGCUCCGCGCGCACGCGUCCCCCGACGACCUCUGGAUCUCCAUCUCCGGCGACGUCUACGACGUCACGCCAUGGCUGCCCCACCACCCCGGCGGGGACCUCCCGCUCAUCACCCUCGCGGGGCAGGACGCCACCGACGCCUUCGCCGCCUACCACCCGCCCUCCGCGCGCCCACUCCUACGCCGCUUCCUCGUCGGCCGCCUCUCCGACUACACCGUCUCCCCGGCAUCCGCCGACUACCGCCGCCUCCUCGCGCAGUUCUCCUCCGCGGGCCUCUUCGAACGCGUCGGCCCCACACCCAAGGUCCUGCUCGCCAUCAUGGUCACGCUCUUCAGCGCCGCGCUCUACCUCAUCCUCGCCUGCGCCACCGCCUCCGCGCACCUCCUCGCCGGCGGCCUCAUCGGCUUCAUCUGGAUCCAGUCCGGCUGGAUGGGCCACGACUCGGGCCACCACCGCAUCACGGGCUACCCGCUCCUCAACCGCGUCCUCCAGAUCCUCUCCGGCAACUGCCUCACCGGCCUCAGCAUCGCCUGGUGGAAAUGCAACCACAACACGCACCACAUCGCCUGCAACAGCCUCGACCACGACCCGGACCUCCAGCACAUGCCGCUCUUCGCCGUCUCCCCCAAGCUCUUUGCCAACAUCUGGUCCUACUUCUACCGCCGCACCAUGGCCUUCGAUGCCGCCUCCAAAUUCCUCAUCAGCUACCAGCACUGGACCUUCUACCCCGUCAUGUGCGUCGCCAGGAUAAAUCUUCUCACCCAGUCCGCCCUCUUCGUCCUCACCGAGAAGAGGGUGCCGCAGCGGUUUCUUGAGAUCGCCGGGGUUGCCGCAUUCUGGGCCUGGUACCCGUUGCUGGUGUCCUGCCUGCCCAAUUGGUGGGAGAGGGUAGCGUUCGUGCUUUCCAGCUUCACAAUCUGCGGGAUUCAGCACGUCCAAUUCUGCCUGAACCAUUUCUCGUCGGAGGUGUAUGUCGGGCCGCCAAAGGGGAAUGACUGGUUCGAGAAGCAGACGGCGGGCACGCUCGACAUCUUGUGCUCCCCGUGGAUGGAUUGGUUCCAUGGCGGCCUGCAAUUUCAGAUUGAGCACCAUCUCUUCCCCCGUCUACCUCGGUGCCACCUUCGGAAGGUCGCGCCCUACGUGCGUGAUCUUUGCAAGAAGCAUGGGCUGCCAUAUUCUGCAGCCUCAUUCUGGGAUGCAAAUGUGCUUACAUGGAAGACACUGAGGGCUGCUGCAUUGCAGGCUAGGAAUGCCACAAGUGGUGCGGCGCCGAAGAAUUUGGUCUGGGAGGCUGUGAACACCCAUGGAUAAGUGGGAGAAGGAUUGAAGUUUCAGGCAACUGGUGGUGUUGACCCUUGUAUGCAUGCAAGUAUCUGAUUAUUUCUCAGUUGUUUCGAGAGAUUGAUCAUUACCCGCUGGAGUCGGGUUCGAAUUUUUCGUGUUGGCCAGUGACUGUCUAUGCAGUGGAAGGGUGAGUUCAUCCUUCAAUUGUCUGGUUGUUCACCAGUUGUUCUGCUCUCCCUAUCAUGGUAACUAUAUUAUAUUCCUUGCAUUAGAUUAUGAUGCUCUUUUUAAGAUCAUGCCCAUUUGAUUUUGCUUGCACUGUCAAGAUUGUGGGUGUUUGAUGUUCGUGAAUCUGUAAGCUUAUUGAAUGGCGGGUAAAAUUGUGUGGUACUCCUGUAUUUUCUCGGUUGCUAUGGCAGCUUGAAACUAGUAUGUAUAUGGAAAAAAUCGAUUCAUCCAUAUUCCUA